AUGGGGAAAGAAGGAGAUCUAUGGGACGAUUCAGCUCUCAUCAACGCUUUUGAUGACGCUAUCUCUUCUUACAAGAAAAUGCACAUCACCUCAAAAAACAAAGAAGCAGAGGGGAUCAUCCAAGAAAACGUUGAAAUCUCAACUCCUACAAGUGAUGCUGAAGCGAAAAUUAACAUUCCCGCUACUGAUUCAAGUGAAAUUAGUAAAGUUUCAAACUUGGAAGAAAAUCACCAACCUUGUUUAGAUUCAACAAAUGGUCAAGACAUUCAAAUUGCACAUAAUGGUUAUUCAUAUGGGCGAGAAUUUGAUGAUUAUAGUCAGUUAGUUGGUCAGUACUAUGAACUUGAGGAGAAAAGAUUGAAGAUUUUGGACCAAAUUAAUCAAUAUGGUAGUUUGAAUUACCAACAUGUACCCACUGUGUCUGAUUCUGGUGUACCGUAUUCUAAUGCUCAAGAUUAUUGGAUGCCUAUGCACCAAGUUUCCGAUCCGUAUGUUGUCUGUUCGUGUUGUCCGGAUUAUAGUCAAUGUGCUUUGGCUUCGUCCAAGUUGGUUCCUGGCUGUUCUGUUGGUAAAACAUGUGCUGGUAAACAUUGUAAAGAUGGUAAAAUUCGGGAAAUGGCAGUGGGGGCAGCAGAGAGGGCACUUUCUACUAUAAGAAGAACUAUUUCUGGAGAUCUGAAUGUAAAUGAAGAGAAAGAGAGUAAGAAUCCUGAACCUGAACAAAUUGGUGACUCAGAAACGGAUCUUACAACUCUUAUGAAUGCUUGGUAUUCUGCUGGCUUCUUUACUGGGAAGUAUCUUGCUGAAAAAUCUAGUGGAAAUAAAAGACAGGUAUAA